UGCUUGAGAGGAAUGAUGAGGAGGCGCCUGUGAGGAUCAUAUUCCUCCCUCAGAGGCCUAGACUAGGCUAGCUCUGCCUGAGGGGAAGGCCUACGUCCCGCCUAGGCCCAACCCUCGCUAGAGCUGCGCCACUACUAGUAUCAUCAUCAUCAUCAUCCUGAGCCCAGCAGAGAGGCCUACUUGAGGCGGGGCCAAAGAGGGAAGGGAAAAGGGCGCCCGCGUGGCUAAAGACGGCGGCAUGUUCGUGGCUCGGAGCAUCGCCGCCGACCACCGAGACCUCAUCCACGAUGUCUCCUUCGACUUCCACGGGAGGCGCAUGGCCACCUGCUCCAGCGACCAGAGCGUCAAGGUUUGGGACAAAGGAGAAAAUGGAGAAUGGCACUGUACUGCCAGCUGGAAGACACACAGUGGGUCCGUGUGGCGUGUUACCUGGGCACAUCCAGAGUUUGGACAAGUCCUGGCUUCCUGCUCUUUUGACAGAACAGCUGCUGUCUGGGAAGAAAUAGUUGGAGAAUCAAAUGAUAAACUUCGAGGGCAAAGCCACUGGGUAAAGAGGACUACUCUGGUUGACAGCAGGACAUCUGUUACUGAUGUAAAGUUUGCUCCUAAGCAUAUGGGUCUCAUGUUAGCAACAUGUUCAGCAGAUGGAGUUGUUAGGAUCUAUGAAGCUCCUGAUGUUAUGAAUUUGAGUCAGUGGUCACUUCAGCAUGAAAUCUCAUGUAAACUAAGCUGCAGUUGUAUUUCUUGGAAUCCUUCAAGCUCUCGUGCUCAUGCUCCUAUGAUAGCUGUUGGAAGUGAUGAUAGCAGUCCAAAUGUAUUGGCCAAAGUGCAGAUUUAUGAAUACAAUGAAAAUACCAGGAAGUAUGCAAAAGCAGAAACUCUUAUGACUGUCACAGACCCUGUGCAUGAUAUUGCAUUUGCUCCAAAUCUAGGAAGAUCCUUCCAUAUAUUGGCAGUAGCUACCAAAGAUGUGCGCAUUUUUACAUUAAAACCCCUAAGAAAAGAACUGACCACUUCAUCAGGACUGACAAAAUUUGAGGUUCAGUUAGUGGCUCAGUUUGAUAAUCACAAUUCCCAAGUUUGGCGUGUAAGUUGGAACAUUACAGGCACAGUACUUGCAUCUUCAGGAGAUGAUGGGUGUGUAAGGCUUUGGAAAGCUAACUACAUGGACAAUUGGAAGUGCACUGGAAUUCUGAAAGGUAAUGGAAGUCCAGUCAAUGCUAGCUCCUCUCAGCAGGGAGUUUUUAAUGCUCCAUUUGGCACAACCAAUGCAAGCCUUCAGAAUUCAGUCAAUGGAACAUCUGCUGGCAGGUCUCUUUGACUUCCUGCUUCUGUCCUCUUCUACUUCUUGAAACUCCUUGGGAACAGGACCCUGUUUUUCAUUAGCUCUUGGCAACCAGUUUGUUCAAAUAGCUUUCAUCACUUGAGUCUGUUUUGACCUGCCCUCACAAACUUGACUCUGAAAGGAGCAAUGUUGAUCAAUGAACUUUAUCUAUAGGACUUCCUCUGGCACUUGGAUACAGACACAAUGGUGACAUUUGAUGGACAAAAUUUGGAGCAUUGCUGUAGAUCUAUUUUUCACAUUUUUUUCUACAAAUGAGUGCUGGAAACUUUACUAUUAUGUUUUUUUUUAUUCCAUGCUUGGGAUAGCACAUGCAUUAGUAGUAAGGGUACACUAAGUGAUGCAGCUUUUUAAAACACCUGGACAACAUGGCUGCAUUUAUCUGAAGGAAUAUACCCAUAUUUCUGGAUUGUAACUGAUGUGUAACUUUUUUCAUGUGCUGCUACUUGAGAUUUUCACCUACUGCUGCUCAAUCAGUAGGAGUCUGGAAAUAAGAGACAGCUGCUGCUACAUGGAAAACAUGGGCUGUUAGCUUGUGUUGACAACUCUCCAGCUGGUGGGGAGGGUAUGUUCUUUGCUGUUCAGUGCUCUAGCUGUAGCCUUCCUUGAACUAUGCCACAAUGGUGGCUGUUCGGCAGACAAGGGAAAGGGACAGAUAAAGUUAUGACCUGGCAGUUGCUCAAUGCGAAAUGUCAGAGCAGCAGCAUCUUUGGAUAGCUGAUUGCUUCAUUCUGGGCUCUGUGUGAUAUCUGCUCUCUUGACCACCCCCCCAAAAAUACUAAGAACUUUCAAAUGCCACAAGGGCUCCUGACACUCUGCCACCGUUCCCACUUGCUGCUCCUUAAAUUUUAUUUCAACUAAAUGAUGGAAUUCUUUACACCUGUUCAGUUAAACACUCCCUUAUGUUGGUGACGUAAUAUUUUCAUACAGUGUGAUAUAUUCUAGGGCACAACUUUGGUGUAAGAAAAAACAACGCUCUAAAAAUGAUAUAUGUACCCAGCUAUUGUCAAAUUCUGAUUAUUAUUAUUUUUUAGUAUUUAUUAUGAAUUUGAAAGUGGGACAAGAACACCUAUACCGUAAUUAAUAUGUUGCAGGCUCUAUGUAAGCAGAAAUUAAUUUAGUGGUUUCUAGAAGCAAAUGGAUAUACAUUACUAGACUGCUUUUCCUGUUUUUUAGGGUUCAACUCUUUGGUACUUUUGUUAGUAAACUCUAGUAACUCUACUAACAUUUUUGAAGAUCAAAGUCAAUCAGUGUUUUAUACUUAACUGGAAGAUAAUUUAAAAUUGUUUGAGAAGUGAUUGAAAAGAUUAAAACUUAAUAAACCUAUCAAAUACUGCUGUACAGUAUUGUUAUUGUGCUUAUAACCAUGUGUGUCUAAAAUUGUGAUGCAUUCUCCCUUCUCCAUUUGUAUUAUGUCCUUUU